AUGGACGCACUUAAUUCAGACUCGCCAGAAGUCAUCACGACCGCAGGUUUCACAGAAUUUAAGACGACCAAUGGAGUGACCUACAAGCGGCGGAAGGGAACCGUAAUCUGGAAACCAAUUCAAUCUGCUCCACCAGCUAAAUCUCUCACUGCAGAGGACGCGGCCUACCUGACCCUAUACCUAGUGCGGUAUUACCAAUCGCCUGAAGAACCACUGCACUGGGCCCUCGCUAUUUCUCCCACACAAGAGUUUGGUGGGCAUAUCAACUUCACAGCGAUUUUAGAGGUUCGAGGCGACACAGAGAGCAUGUACUUCAAUCCUUGCACCGAAUAUGUCCCGGUUUCGCUGCUGCCCGACUUGCACUCUGUUUAUAGUCUUACGAAAAUGAACUUAGAAGACUCUCGAAAGGUCAAGGAAAUUGCUGAACUGGAACCUCCACCACAUGCUCCAAACCGGAAAGAGAUUAAAGAGAACUGCCAAAAUUGGUGUGUGCGGGUAGUUCAGAAGCUCGUGGAACACAACAUGGUGGACUCGAAGCACGUUACAAGUAUGAAAGAGCUGAUGGAGCCUAUCCUGUAG